AUGGAAAAAAAAAUAAGUGAAAAUGAAAAGAUAGUAAUAAGUGGAUAUUCUUAUAAAAGUUUAGAUGAUAUUCUUAGAUUUGGUUGGUAUACAUUUUUUAUUUGUCUUCUUCUUCAAUGUAUGAUAGUUAAUCAGUUAGGUAAUAUGUUUUAUAUGGCAUAUUCUGGUUUUGUUCCUACAAUUGUUUCUUGCGGUUCUAUUGAUAUGAGUAAUUGGAGUCAAAAAGAAAUUUGUGAAAAAUUAAAUAAUAUUACAAGUAAUGAAAAAUGUAUACCUAAAGCUGAGGCUGAUUUUGGUUCUAUUAAUUUAGAAUUUAAAUAUUUUUGUGAAGAAAAAUAUAAGAUUAAAACAUGUAUUUCUAUAGAAAUGUUUGGUGUUGUAGUUGGAUCAAUUAUUGGUGGACAAUUAAGUGAUUAUUAUGGAAGAAAAAAAGUUAUGUUACUUGGUAUAACAUUUGCAGCACUAUUUGGUGUAAUUGUUUCAUUUAGUCAAGAUAUCUAUCAAAUUAUGAUAUCAAGAGCUUUUUUAGGAUUUUUUAAUGGUACAUCUAUGGUUAUUAUUAUUGUUUUUGUUAUAGAAAAUAUUCAAAAACAUGAUAGAGUAUGGUUAUUUAAUAUUAUAACAUGGGCUCCAAAUAUUGCUCUUUAUGCUGGAAUUGCUUAUUUAGCUGGUGAAUGGAGAACAUUAGCUCGAAGUUUAUCUGUUAUAACAAUUCCUGCAAUUAUAUUAUGUUGGUAUGCACCAGAAUCACCUAGAUGGUUAAUUCAAAAAGGAAAAUUAAAUGAUGCUAAAAAUGUUAUUCUUAGAAUAAAUAAAUUUAAUAGAAGAAAAAUAGAAGAAUCAGUUAUAAGUGAUAUUGUUGAGUGUGAAUUUAAUGUAAGUAAAUUACAAACAAAAAAUGGUAGUAAAAAAUAUUCAUUUUAUCAUUUAAUUUAUACUAAACAUUUCAUUGGUUAUAUUUUAACAUUAGCAUUUACUGCAUUUGUUUCAUCAACUUGUAAUUAUGGAAUUAUGUUUAAUAUGGAAAAAUUAAGUGGGUCAAUAUAUAUAAAUAUGGUUAUUACAGCAGCUCUUAGGUAUCCAUUAAAUCUAAUAAUUGCUUAUGCUGAUAUUAAAUUUGUUAAUCUUGGUAGAAAAGUUGUUAUGAUUACAUUUAUACUAUCUAUAACAUUUUCUUCAUUAAUAAUUGCUGUUAUAUAUUGUAUAGAUAAAAACAUUGAAAUGAUUAAUACGAUUCGCCUUCUUCAACUUUUGAUAAUGACCUUCACAUCACAAUUAUAUACUGUUGGUUCAAUAUGUAGUUCAGAGUUAUUUCCAACACCAAUAAGAAAUAUGGCUUUUGCAGUGAAUCAGUUAUCUUCAAGAAUCGGAAGUACCAUUUCACCAUACUUUUUUUAUUUUGCCUUAUUUCAUGAAAGUAUUCCAUAUCUUGUAAUGAUGUUACUUACAAGUAUCUCAGCAUUAUCUUUUUAUUUUCUAAUACCAGAAACAAAAGGUCAUCCAUUAAAUGAACAAAUGCCAUUAAAAAAAGAUAGUGUUUUUAGAAGAAAGAUUGAAAAAGAUGAAUCAACUUCAAUGUUGACUUAA